ACCAGGUCAAAGAGUUCAGCGCCCACUCACCCCCUAAUCCGCCCGGACUCCCCGGUCCUCUGCCCCGUCUGCCUACACCCGCUCCAUCAACCUCAACGUGCCCGACCAGCCCGUCCUCUGGUCACAUGACCGACCUGAGCGCCGAGACCUGAGCCCGACGGCGGAGUGAUACGAAGCUCAGCAGUAAGAAGGCUGCGUGUGAGUGCGCUCCGAGCCUCCUCCAUAUUAACAAGUCCCCCCUGACGGAUACCGACACCGGGCGGGAACCGCAGCCAUGCCGGGCAUGAUGGACAAGGGCACCGAGUAUCUAGGCAAGAAUCGCUCCAAUGGCACCAAGAGCCCGUCCAGCGCCUCCAAUGGACACUACUCCGAGGAGAGCGGCGGCAGCGACGACGAGCACGGUGAUGUGGGCAUGAGGGUGGGAGCCGACUUCCAGGCCCGGAUCCCCGACUACGAGCCCGGUGCUACCAAGUACACGGAUAAAGAUAAUGGAGGAAUGCUGGUGUGGUCUCCUUAUCACAGUAUACCUGAUCUGAAGUUGGACGAAUACAUUGCUAUAGCAAAAGAAAAGCAUGGCUACAACGUGGAACAGGCUCUUGGCAUGCUGUUUUGGCACAAACACAACAUCGAGAAAUCACUUGCUGAUUUGCCCAAUUUUACCCCCUUCCCCGAUGAGUGGACGGUUGAAGAUAAGGUCCUGUUUGAACAAGCGUUUAGUUUUCAUGGGAAAAGCUUCCAUAGAAUUCAGCAAAUGCUUCCAGAUAAGACCAUAGCAAGUCUGGUAAAAUACUACUACUCCUGGAAAAAAACCCGUUCUCGGACAAGUUUGAUGGAUCGGCAAGCAAGGAAGUUGGCCAGUAAAAAUAACCACAGAGAAAGCGAUGAGGACCUUGAGGAAAGUCAUCAUCCAAAGGAUGGAAAUGACAGUGAUUAUGACCCUAAAAAAGAAGCAAAAAAAGAGCCCAGUGCAGAUACCUGUAUUCAGCCUGUGAAGGUUGCUCUUGGUAGAAGAGAAUACCAAAGUUUACAGCAUCGUCACCACUCCCAGAGGUCUAAAUUUCGUCCUCCAAAGGGAAUGUAUAUAAUUAAGGAUGACGUUGUAGCAGUGUCCUGUGGUCCGAACGCUGCCAGUACUAUACUCCGUCAGUUGGAUAUGGAAUUGAUAUCCUUGAAACGUCAGGUUCAGAACACUAAGCAAGUUAACAGUGCACUUAAGCAAAAGCUGGAAGGGGGCAUAGAAGAGUUCAAACCGGCAGAGUCAAAUCAGAAAAUAAAUGCCCGAUGGACGACCGAAGAACAGCUUCUCGCAGUACAAGGUGUCCGCAAAUAUGGUAAAGAUUUUCAAGCUAUUGCGGAUGUAAUUGGCAACAAGACUGUUGGUCAAGUGAAGAACUUCUUUGUAAACUACAGGCGCCGGUUUAACUUAGAGGAGGUAUUGCAGGAAUGGGAAGCAGAACAAGGAACCCAGGCCUCUAAUGGUGAUGCUUCUACUUUAGGGGAUGACACAAAAAACACUUCUCAUGUACCAUCAGGAAAGAGCACUGAUGAAGAGGAUGAGACCCAGAGCAGCCAGACAGCGCCACCCGCUGGUCAGUCUCCUCCAGCGCAACCCGUAGCCCCAGCGUCGUCUGCUUCGGUGACGGCCUUGAAUCAGCCUCCACCUCUUCUACGGCCAACGCUACCCGCUGCUCCGGCCUUGCACCGUCAGCCUCCGCCUCUACAGCAGCAAGCUCGGUUCGUUCAGCCAAGGCCGACGCUCAACCAGCCCCCGCCUCCGUUAAUUCGCCCAGCUAGCUCUAUGCCUCCUCGUCUAAACCCAAGGCCGGCGGUGACCACAAGUUCUGGUCAACAGCCGUCCUCUCUUGGGAUUCAGACUGAGCCACAGCCCACAAUGCAUUGAUGUAAAUAACUCGCUUCCUGGAGCGGAUCCUGGAACCUUUUACUUAUAUGGGAGUAAUCUUGAGCCAUUCAUGACGUGGAGUUUUUG